CUCUUAAGCGGCGCACACGGGUCGUCCGCUCAUCUCCCUGCUCUCGCACUCGCCCGUGUCCUAAAACCCUAGCUCCCCCUUCUCCCGCCGCCGAGAUGGCGACCGCCGACGGCCAGCCCCAGCCCAUCGCCACCGAGCCCUCCCCAUCCCCGGCCAAGCGCAAGCCGGAAACCGACUCCGACCUCUCUCCCAUCGACCCGGCCCCCAAGGCCGCCCGCCCCGACACCGACGAGGAGGCCGCCGCCGCCGAGGCCAAAUCUCGGUCCGCCGACAAGGGAAAGGGCAAGAUGGUGGUCGAGGAGGAGCAGGAGGAAGAAGGCGACGAGUCAAGCGACGACGACGAGGACGUCGACGGGGAGGACGGCGACGACAGCGACGGCUUCUGCGAGGACCCCCUCGCCGAGGUCGACCUCGACAACAUCCUGCCCUCGCGGACCCGCCGCCGCGCGCCGCCGCAGCCCGGGGCGUACCUGGUGCCGCCGGAGGAGGCGGCGGAGGACGACGAAGACGACGAGGACGCCGACGUCGACAUGGCUCCCGGGGACGAGAGCGGGGAUGGGGAGGAGAGCGACUAGGGUCGCUUCUGCUCAACUAACUCGCUUGGCAAUGCCUUGGUAUCGUGCUUGUGAUGCGCAGAGAUGUUUCCAUGAACUUGUUCGCCUGCCGGAAGUACCUUGCUGUGCUGAUUGCAUCCAAUGUAGACCUUUAGUUAUAUCCAAGUUAUGCAUUUCCAGUGUUUAAUUUCGAA